AAUUCUAUAAAAAGCCACGUAAGAUGGCGGACAGAAGACGAACUCGUCGUAAGGGAGAAGAGGUUGCUCAGCCAUCAAAAGAAGAUUAUGCAGUUGCAAAAUUUUUACGUUUCAAUGUACCAGUUCGAGAUGGAAAGUUGGUUGGAAUGCCAGUUAAAUGUUUUAUAGCUUCAAAGGCUAUUGAUGCAUUACUCGAAUCUAAGUGGUCUGCUAAAAAUGCCAAGAAAGACCCAUUAUUUACAACCAGAAAAUCCUGUGAGGUGUUUUGUAACAACUUGUUGUGUAUGGGAUUAUUUCAUCGAGCAGAGAAAGUAGAACGACGAAAAGAUAAAUCGAAAAAGAAAAAGAAAGAAAACGAAGAAGAAAGUUUGGAUGAAUCCAAGAAGUCAAAGAAAGCAAAGAAAGAUACUGUUGAAACAUCUGACAAAGAAAAAAUAGAAGAAGUUGAAAGGAAGGAAGAAGAAAAAAAAGAAGAGAAAAAAGAGGGAAAAAAGGAAGAGAAAAAGGAUGAUGAGAAGAAGAAGAAAGAGAAGAAAGUAAAAUUAAAUAUGCAUGAAGACCAAAAGUUUGUUGAUGCUGAUGAUCAGUUUUAUGUUUGGAUAUAUGAUCCAGUUCCAUUCAAAACAUUUUUGAUUGGAUUGUUAAUGGUUUUAGGGGCUAUAGCUUUAUGCAUGUUUCCACUAUGGCCUGAAUUUGUACGAGUUGGUGUUUAUUAUAUCAGUUUAGCUGCUGCUGGUUUUGUUGGUUUUAUCCUUGGUCUUGCUGUUGUACGACUUGUUCUCUUCUGUAUUAUUUGGGGAUUUACGUUCGGUAAACAUCAUUUCUGGUUUUUACCCAAUUUAACGGAGGAUGUGGGCAUUCUCGAAUCUUUCCAACCAUUAUAUAAACAUGAUGUUUAUACUUCCGAUACUAAAACUGACAAAAAGAAAGAUGAAACGACAGAUAAAGCCAAUAGUAGUACUAAUAAUGAAACGACAGAACCCGAAAAAACAGAAAAAAUAAUAAAAUCAGUCAUCAAAAAUAUAGAAGAGUCAGCUAGUGAACAGGAUGAGUUUGAGAUUGUGGAUAGAACAGAUUUAGAUGACGAAUCACAGCCUAAUGAAACAGAUGAAGCCCUCGAAGAAGAAGAAGAAGAAGAAGUGAUAGACACAGAUGAACAGAAUGAGGAAACAGAUGAUCAAAAUGAUUCAGAAACAAAUAAUGAUAAUAUUACACCAGAAAGUAAAAAGGAUAAAUAGCUUGCACAUGUUAUGUAUAUAUAUAUAUAUAUAUAUAUAAUAAUGUUUAUUGUUAAUGUUAACAGGGAUAUUAUUUCGAAUUUUCUUGUGGAGUUUUCUUGCAUCAGAGGGAAAGGUGUUCAAUCUAGGGAAGACGAUAUUUUUAUGAGAAAAACUGUGGGAAUUAUGAGGAAACCGAAUGCAUUUUUUUGUUAAUCAGUACAUUAAUAUGUAUACAUGUUCAUGACUGUUGUACUGUCAUUCCCCAAAAGUUUACUUUAUUUUAAAUUAAUAUGGAUGAUAUUUAACUUGAGUCAAAUUCUGAGUUGUAAUAGAAGGGUAUUAUCCAAUUGUCAUAUUUUAAGGUGAAGAAGAAAUAUUUUCCAAAAUAAAUUUUUUAUUGUGUGAUAAAUAAAUCUAGUCUAUGUUUCUUCCACAAUAUUAAAGCAAUCUCUAAUCAUUACCAGUCACUUCACUGUUAAAAUAAAAAAUUGCUUUAUUAUUAUUUUAUUUACUAUUUGAACCAUUGGCGUUAAAUAAAUGUAAUAUAUUAACAAAUCUUUUUCUCAUUUACAAAGUAAAAAACCUACUUGUACAUGACCACAUCCUUAUGUUUUCAUUUUAGUACUGAUAAUGGUCAAGUUUAGGAGAAUUUUUUAUAUUUGAAUUAAGUAUGAAGUAUUUUAUAGGGUACAAUAUGCUUGACAAGUUUAUUGGAUAUUUAACUUUCACAUAUUUACUUGUUUAUUAUUAUCACCAUGGUUUUAGGAAAAUUAAGCUCUGACAGUUCACUGAUAACAAUUGAAUAUCCGGGACCUUAUUCAAGAAAAUGUUUUCAGAAUGCAAACUUUUCAUUGGUCAAGAGCUUAGAGCUCAACCAAUGAACUAGUAGUAUUCUUAAAAUAUUUUACUAUACGUUUUUAAGACUAGGGUCCAUGUUCAUAAAUCCCAAGGGACCAGGCGUAAUUAAUAAAUAGGUUGUCGUUUAUGAACUAUUUAAUUUAUGUAAAUAAAAAUAUUAACCACUGCAAGCUUCUCUAGCAUAUCACAGGUUUACAUUAUCUGUUAGAUUUCCAUACAUCAUGGCUUGAGAAUAGUUUUGUUGAAAUUUGUGUCUGAUAAUAAUUAUUUUCAUGCUUUACAAUUAGGAAAAUAUGUAUAAUUGUUAUAAUUUUAAGUCUGAAUUAAAUAAAUUUCAACCUGGUACAAUUGUA